ACUCGCACACACAGAGAUACACAGGUCUUAGUGACUUAUACUCACUGCUAAACACACACACAGAUACACGCGGGUAAGUGAACAUGUGACUUGUUCCAGCCAAUCAGAUGAAAAUCUCCAGUAUAAAAUUCAGUUGUUUGGUUCUCUCAAUACUUACAAACACCUCAACUCAAGGAUUGUGUGUUUUACGAAGAUGUAUCUACUCUGGAUUGUGUUAUUUCUUCAAAUGUUUCCAGCCCACGCUGAGGAUUUUAACCAAACGUCGUUUGUCUGGGUGAAGUCUGGAGGACGUGUGACUCUGAACUGCACGUUUCGAGAAAAAGUCAGUAAAGAACUUAUAGUUUGGUACAAGCAACAAUUUGGUCAGAUGCCUGAGGAAGUGAGGAAAACAACAGCACUGAUAGACACCCAAACUUCACCUGAGUUCAGCUCAAGAUUUAAAGUAGAUGAAAUCGUGAAUGGAAUUUCUUUAACAAUUCUACAAACAAAGAAACCUGAUGAAGGAUUGUAUUUCUGUGGCAUAUAUAGCUGGGGCCAUUUUGAAUUUUCCAAUGGAACAUUUGUAGCUGUGACAGAUGACAGAGAUGUAAAAGUGAGUGUGUGGCAGCGCGGCGUGUCUGACUCGGUUCCUGCAGGAGCCUCAGUGACUCUGCAGUGCUCGGUUCUCUCUGAGAGCAGAGCAGCAGAACUCCAAGUGCUCUGGUAUAGAGCUGCUCCACCACAAUCCCAUCCUCAAAUCAUUUACACUCAUCACAACAGCAGCCAUCAGUGUGAGAGCGACUCUUCUACACACACCUGUGUGUACAACUUCUCCAAGAACAUCCUCAGCCUCAAUGAUACUGGAACUUACUACUGCGCUGUGCUCCUGUGUGGGAAGAUCAUCUUCGGGAACGGGACAUCAGUACAGAUGGCUACAGAAAAAUCUACGGAUCCUGUAGUGAUCUACCUCGCUGUAGCUUUGGGAGUGUGUGUGCUUGUGAUCGUUGUUCAUAUCGCAACCUGUAAAGGAAGAAACUGUGAAUGUUUCACUGGGAAAUCUCAAGAAUGUAAAGUAAAGAAAACAGAAAAUAAGAGCCGUGAUGCUGGGGAGCUGAAUUAUGUUGCCUCACUGAUUAAUAAAAAGACAGGAAAGACAGAACGAGCUCACGAUAACAUUUAUACUGAAGUGAUUUACUCUUCUGUGUCUUAGAUAAUAGACGUCAUUUAUUUUCUCAUGUUAGUUACUCUCAUAUGUAUAGUCUUCAUUUCCUGAUAGAAAAGCAUUAACAUGUCAUAAAUAAGUAAGUAAAUAAAUAAAUAAAUAAAUAAAUAAAUAAAUAAAUAAACAAACAAAAAAACAAAUAAAUAAAUAAAUAGUGUUUGUAGUGACAGUCUCAUAGUAUUCCAAGAGUAAAACAUAUUUUUUAGCAUUUUUAUUUUAUUUCUUAUCUUUUUUUUAAUCUACAAUUAUUGAGUACCAGGUGUGAAAAAAAAAAAAAAAGAUUGUAUUUUAGCUCGCAAGAAAAUAUUAGCCAUUAAGUAUAAAGUACGCUUUUAAUAAUAUUUCAAUUCAUUUCAGUUCAAUUCAUUUGUCUAGUGUUUUAUCCAAGCAGCUUUACAGAAGUAUAGAAAUAUUUAAAAGUUUAAAAUUAAGUUACUAUAUACAGAUUAUCUAUAUAACCUUUAUCUCUAUUAUCAAGUCUGAGGUGAUGGUGGUGAGGAAAAACUCCCUGAGAUGAUAUGAGGAAGAAAUCUUGAGAGGAACCAGACUCAAAAGUGAACUUCAUCCUCAUUUAGUGACACCAACUCAGAACACUGGGAGUUCUGAAGUGACGUUUAUAGCUCGAGAGAGAGUGAGAUAAAAUAUGCCUCGCUGUGUGCGUCACCUGCCUCACUGUGUGCGUCACGUGCCUUGCUCCCCCAACCUGGAUCUCGCCGGGAUCGUGGUCCCCUCAGAUACGGGAUUGGCACGUCGGGAGCCGCGCCUCGAGGGGGGGGGGUACUGUCAGGAUCCAGCCCGGACUUAGGCCACAUGCUUUUGUUGAUGUUUGGUGUUCACAUGUCUGCCCCACCCUUGUCUCUUCCUCCCUGCCUCUGCACACUUGUUCCUCAUGUGUCUAAUUGUUGUUAGUAUUUAGUUUAGCCGUGUUGCCUUAAUCAGCGUGGAAUCCUCUGAUGUUGUCUGUUGUUGUCAUCUGUUGUCUUGUCUCUAGUCUGUGUCUCUGUUUCGUAUUUUUUUUACUUCUUAAACCCAGUUUAUUUUACGCUAUCCUGCAUUUGGGUCUGUUUUAUCCCCGCGUUGCUGACAGCAUCAACUUUUUUUUCUUUUCUAUGUGUUGUCCUUUUUGUUGUUGUUG